UUGUUGCUUAUUUUAAUCAAGCUUCUGACUUCCAAUUUGCUUGCUAUAUUGUAUUUUUCCUAUGCUUGGAAUUUUUCAACCCCAUUUUCCUAGAAAUUUCCACAUGCACUGGUAUGCAACAAUGCGUAUAAGAAAUAAAACAAGUUGAUUUAUAUUUAUAAUGUUUUGCAAUAUGGUCCCAUGCAUCAUCAGGAAACAAAAUACUCUUCAUGUUUCCUACAAUUUAUUAUAUACCCCUUAUGGCCUGCAAAAUGCCGGCAAUAAUGCUAAAGAUAAACUUGUUUAAGUCAGUAACACCAUCUGAAAGCUACCCGUUAUUGAUAUGCUUAUUCAUUUAACUCUUGAUUUUCUAAGUCAAUAGUCUUCUCUCUCAACUUGCUGACUAUUGUUUUGUAUCAACAUAUAAUCCAAGUGGUGUCAUCUAAUAUUCCGUGUAUAUGCUUUGACUUAAUUUGCAGUUAAACUCUGUCUAGAUUAUAUGCAGGACAAAUUUUAAGGCUUGUUCAUAGAGUACAUCAGAAAAUUUAAGCCGGCAAGAAUUUUGGACCAUGUUCUUAUUCAAGCUCCUAUCUGUUUUGUUGUUUUCUCUGUUCUAUUUCAUCCUAAGUUUUGCAGCAACAUCAGAGGAUCUUGGCUUUGAAUACAAUGGCUUCAGAAAUGCUCAAAAUUUGAGUUGUAACGGCAUGGUGGAUAUCACACCUGGCGGCCUAUUAAGGUUAACCAACACCAAUUCCAAGCAUCAACUUGGUCAUUGCUUCUACUCCGGUCCAGUUCAGUUCUCCAGUAACUCCUCAUCAUCAGCCAAUAUGGGUAAUACUACUUCUGUAGUCUCCUUCUCUACUUCUUUCGUCUUUGCCAUAGUCUCCGAGAGUGACGUAAGUGGUCAGGGGCUUGCCUUUGUUAUUGCACCUCAGAGAGGGCUUCCUGGAGCUCUAGCAAACCAAUAUCUUGGUCUAUUCAAUGAUUCAAACAAUGGAAACCCUGAGAACCAUGUUUUUGCAGUGGAGUUGGAUACUAUAAAAAACGUAGAGUAUGACAUCGACGACAACCAUGUCGGUAUCAAUAUCAAUGGCUUAAAGUCUGUUCAGGCUGAAUCUGCCAAGUACUACGCUGAUAAUAACGCCGGGUAUAAGAACCUAAGUCUUAACAGUGGACAAGCCAUGCAAGUUUGGGUAGAAUAUGAUGGGUCACAGAAGCAAGUUAAUGUAACCAUAGCUCCAUUCAAGGAUGGAGCUUUAAGAUUAAUGGCAUGGCUCAAGAGUUCGAUCUCUCUAGCUUUCCUGAACUUCCAAAGCCUGAAAAAAAAGCAAUGAUGUUGACUGUAGUGUUGUCAAUAAUUAUCCCAAUUGUUGUGAUGAUAACGAUAUGUCUGGGCAUCUUUUUCUUCUUAAGGAAAAAAAAGUUCGCCGAAUUGAUAGAGGACUGGGAAGAAAUUUAUGGGACACAUAG